CUUGUUUUGAACGGAAUUUUCGACUGUCAGUUAACAUCAGUUAAUUUUUAACCUCUCUUAAUACACGUGUAUAAUAAAUAAUUACUUAUAUUAUGGAUUUGGAAGAGAACGAGUUGUCCGAGCCUAACAGCAUAAAUUUCAUACCUUGCCUAAAAUGGGUGAAAAAAGGUGUCGCAAAAGCAAAUCCAGAGAAAGUACAAUUGACCAAAGAAGAACUAAUACAAGUUAUAAAAGAUGCAAAAAGCAAAUUGAAAACUACAGAAAAUGCAGAAGGAUCUGCUGAAGGCAGCAGUUCCAUGAAUGUAGAAAAUGAGUUUGAUUUGGAGAAUUAUGAUGAAGAUGAUGAUGAAACAUAUGGAUUAGAACAAUUAGGAAUACAGAAUAUAAUGGAAGUACCUAAUUUAGAAGAAAAUCUGACUGAUGAUGAUUCUGAUAAUGCAGAUGAUAUUAUUCAACCAGCUGAUAACUUAAUUUUAGUUGGAAAAGUGGAGGGAGAUGCUAGUAUAUUAGAAGUAUAUGUCUAUAAUGAAAAUGAAGGGUCCCUGUACUGUCAUCAUGAUUUAUUCUUGCCCUCAUUUCCACUGUGCAUUGAAUGGUUAGAUUAUGAGCCUGGAAAUAAUAAGGGCAAUUACUGUGCCAUCGGAUCCAUGUCUCCAGUUAUUGAUAUAUGGGAUGUGGAUGUUGUGAAUUGCCUUGAACCAGCUUACCAUCUGGGUCAAAAAGCAAGCAGAAAGAAAGGGAGAGAACAUAUUGGUCACACAGAUGCAGUCCUUGAUUUGUCUUGGAACCCAUCUUAUCAUCAUGUGUUAGCUAGUGCUUCAGUAGACCAAACUAUUCUAUUGUGGGAUAUUGAUGAAGGAAAACCAAGUUCAAAAAUAGAAGUUUUCCAGGAAAAAGUCCAGUGCAUUAAAUGGCAUAAAUUAGAAGCAUACACGCUGUUAGCUGGUGGAUGUGAUAACACUGUCAGAGUUUUCGACUGCAGGAAUCUAGAAUCACACUUAUCUUGGACAAUUGAUGGAGAAGCUGAAAGGAUUUGUUGGAAUCCUUUGGAACCGUACAUGUUCUUUGUUGGUACAAGCAAUGGUUCAGUGCAAUGUAUUGACUGCAGAAAUGGUCCCAUGUGGUCAAUGAAGGCCCACGAAAAAGAAGUAACUGGAAUGUCUAUCAGUGGUCAAUGCCCGGGUUUAUUGGUAACGGCAUCUACUGAUGGUAUGUUUAAAGUGUGGGAUUUCAAACAGGAAAAUCAACCUGCAUUGAUCGAGGAAAGAAAUUUGAAAUUGGAGGGUGUACAUUGUUUGGAACUGUGCCCUGAUUCGCCUUUUGUUAUUGCCGCUGGCGGCGAUAAUAAGAUGAAUAACUUUAAAGUAUUGAAUCUGACUUCAAUUGAACAAGUUGAAGCCGCAUUUGGAUCCAGACCAUUGAUACAAUUAGAAGUAGCUAAUGACGAGUCUACUAAUUAGAUUUAAUAUACAUUUUAUUUUUAAUAAAAU